UGCAAGCCUGGCUGGAAUAGGCUCCGGGUAGCGCCCACUGCAGUGCUGUCUCAUGUGUGCCUCACAGGUGAACCAGGGGAACAUGCCUGGGAUCCAGAGCACCUUCCUGGCCAUGGACACGGAGGAGGGCGUGGAGGUGGUGUGGAAUGAGCUGCAUUUCACAGACAAGAAGGCCUUCAAGGCCCAUGAGGAGAAGAUCAAGACCAUGUUUGAGCAGCUGGUGGUUGUGGACCAUCCCAAUAUCGUGAAGUUGCACAAGUACUGGCUGGAUGUGAAGGAUGCCAAGGCCCGGGUGAUCUUCAUCACCGAAUACGUGUCCUCGGGGAGCCUGAAGCAGUUCCUGAAGAAAACCAAGAAGAACCACAAGGCCAUGAAUGCUCGGGCCUGGAAGCGCUGGUGCACACAGAUCCUCUCUGCUCUCAGCUUCCUGCACUCCUGCGACCCACCCAUCAUCCACGGCAACCUGACCAGUGACACCGUCUUCAUCCAGCAAGGGGGAGGGGAAGCUGCGGAGGCGCGUGCGGGGCGGGGGCAGGUGGGUACCGAGUGCUCGGGAACCCCCGUCUGGUUUGGUUUUGCAGAUGUAGCGGACGGGACAGCCGUGGACAUUUUCUCCUUUGGGAUGUGUGCCCUCGAGAUGGCGGUGCUGGAGAUCCAGUCGAAUGGGGACAGCCGGGUCUCGGAGGAGGCGAUUGCUCGGGCCAGGCACUCCUUGGAUGAUCCCAACAUGCGCGUGAGUGAGCCGGGCUGAGCCCCUCUAGGAAACACCAAGGGCAUUGCAAAGGGGCCCAGCCACAGUGCCCCACCUGCUGAUGGCCUCAAGGCUCCCACCAGGCUCCCGCUAUGGGGCUUGCUGCCCCAUUUCACACACACAGGUCUUGGGGCACCUCCACCUCAAUUUCCUCCUCAGGCUCGGGAGAGGGGUCAGGGAUCCUGCGUGUGCUGCAGCAGAACUACAGGACUCGGGCUCCCCAUCCCCAUCCAGCCUCCUUCUCAGGGUCCUUGGGGAUCCAGGUCCCUCCGCUGCCCCAGUUUCUCUCCUGGCCGGCCCUGUCUAGAGGGAGAUUAAACCCUGAGCCCCCAGGCUCUGAGGUGCAUGUCCUAGAGGCCAGGGGAGAGGUCCUGGAGACCAGCUCUCGGCUGCUAGGUCGAAGCUCUCCAGAUGCUGCAGGAAAGUUCCAGUCCCUCGCACGGGCUAGGUAGGCAGAACUGCAGGGGGUCAGUGUGUGGACGAGACAUUGGGGCAGCGAGGAGGUUUUAGGGUUACUAGGAGCUGGGGAACACUUUGGAAAGGAGGAGCCCAUACCGCAGGACCAAGAUGGAACCGGCGUGCUGACUCAUAGCAUUACAGACGGUUCAGACUAAGGGAGGGAGGAAAGCUGAUGAGUGCAGAGGAGCACAUGGUUCAGGCAGAGAUCUCGAACUCCUAUGGAUGAUUUUAUCAAGGGGGGCUCUAUAUCCUAGUAAGGAAAAUAGAAAAGAAGUUGGUAAAGUGCAGCGAGGAGCUAGUGCGGGACAGUCAAACCUACAAGAGUCCUGUUUAAAUAGAACACGAGUUUUGACAGACUGGAUACAUUCUAGAGAACUACGAUGGCAUUAAAUGAGGAUACUGAUAUAAAAGCCAUCGCAGAAACUUGGUGGAAUGAGCAUAAUCAAUGGCACAUGAAAUCAUAAGGCUGGGAGGAACUUUGAGAGGUCUAAUCCCAUCCACCAUGCUCAUGGAAGGGUUCGUUCUUAUCUAAACCGUCCCUGACAGAUGUUUGUCUAACCUGCUUUUGUAAACCUCCAAUGACAGAGAUUCCACAACCUCCCUGGGCAAUUUAUUCCACUGCUCAGCCACCGUGGCAGGUAGCAAAAACUUCCUUGUGUCCAGCCUAAAUCUCCCUUACUGCAAUUUAAGCCCAUUGAUUCUCGUCCUAUCCUCAGAGGACAGUUUUUCUCCCGCCCACUUGUAACACUCUUUUAUGUAUUGACAUUGUUAUCAUGUCCUCUCCCUCUGUCUUCUCCAGGCCAAACGAACCCAGUUUUCUCCAUCUCCCCACACAGGUCUCGAAAAGAUGACUUGUGAUCACGUUUGUCACUCUCCACUAGACUUUCUCCAGUUUGUCCUGAAAUGUGGCCCCCAGAACUGAACAGAACACUCUAGCUGAGCACGAUCAUACCAGGGCACAAAAUACCCAGGAGUGCGCGAAUAGGCGAGGGAUGUCACCGUGCAGGCGACUCACUGACUAACCAAUACGCAAGUGUGUCGGGAUUGCUACUGACUGCACUCUGCCCCCGCCAGGACGUUUUUAGCAAGUUGGUCAGCAGCCCAGCUCAGUCCUGGUCCAGGUCCUCCCCCUGCUGUGGCUCUGCAUUUAAAGUGUAUUAGGAGCCAGUCGGGCAGGCAGCCUGGCUCACUUCCGGCUCGUGCUGGGGCUGCGAGCUCAGACCUCACCCCACCCCCUCGAACAGGAGUUGCUGCCACCCCACAGGCAGCCGGUCUGCGAGGCAAGCUGGUUCUUAAAUUGGCUUCGCUGGCGGACCAGUCCUGCUUGCUCCACACUGGCUGCCGGCCCUGGCCCCAUCCCCGCCCCCAGGGACUAUAGAAUAGUUGAGUAAGCGAUAGAAAUUCAUGCGGUGACUCGACGAUUCAGUUAACUGAUGUUUAACAGCCCUAGAAUAGGUGGUGCUGGUUGGGGUGUGGCAGUAUAUGGAGAGGCAAAUCUGUAAUGAACCAAACUGCACCAUAGAAUCUCUAUGGGUAGAAAUUCUGUGUUUGAAUAAUAGGAGUAUAGCAGAAGGAAUACACUGCCGCCUACCUGCCCAGGGUGGUGAAGGUGAUUGAGAACUGCUCCAGGAGAUCAGAAAGGCUACAAAGGGAGAAAAUGUAACAACAACAAUAAUAAACUAUCCUUCACAUAUGGGCUGCGUCUAG